CCGCGCAGCCAUGGAGCGGCUGCCCGCGCCGCCGCCGCUCUGCCUGGGCAAGCUGCCCGCCCUGGAGGGCGCCGAGGCGCCGGGGCUGGACUUCGCCCACAUGUACCAGGUGUACAAGCCGCGCCGGGGGCUCAAGCGGAGCGACGACAGCAAGGAGACCUACAAGCUGCCGCACAGGCUCAUCGAGAAGAAGCGCCGCGACCGCAUCAACGAGUGCAUCGCCCAGCUGAAGGACCUGCUGCCGGAGCACCUCAAGCUGACGACCUUGGGGCACCUGGAGAAGGCGGUGGUUCUGGAGCUCACCCUGAAGCACGUGAAAGCCCUCACCAACCUCAUUGAGCAGCAGCAGCAGAAGAUAAUCGCCCUGCAGAGCGGCCUGCAAGCCGGUGACUUGUCAUCAAGAAACCUUGAUUCCAGCCAGGAAAUGUUUCGCUCGGGUUUCCAGAUGUGUGCCAAGGAAAUGCUGCAGUACCUGGCGAAGCAGGAGAACGGCAAGGACCUGAAGUGCUCGCAGCUGGUCAGCCACCUGCACCGCGUGGCCGCUGAGGCGCUGCCGGGCGGCCGCCGGGCCGCCGACGGGCUGCCCAGAGCCGCCGACGGCAAGGAGAAGCCGGGCGCCGCGGCCGAGGGGCGCGGGAAGAACUGCGUGCCCGUGAUACAGCGGACGUUCGCCCCGUGCGGCGGCGAGCAGAGCGGCAGCGACACCGACACGGACAGCGGGUACGGGGGCGAGCUGGAGAAAAGCGACUCCAAAUCGGAGCAGCCGUAUUUUAAAAAGGACGUGGACCUCAAAUACGCCGUGCAGGAGAGAAUAAGCUCCAUCAAGCAAGAGACUGAGGACCCGCCGGCCAAGAGGAGCCGGCUGGAGACGCCCGAGGACGAGGGCCCCUUUGGCAGCGACGUGAUGGGCUCCGCGAACGGCUUUCUGGGCCCCCAUGCGCACCAGCCGCCCCUGUGCCUGCCUUUCUACCUGAUCCCGCCGGCGGCCACGGCCUACCUGCCCAUGCUGGAGAAGUGCUGGUACCCGGCCUCCGUGCCUGUCCUCUACCCCAGCCUCCCGGCCUCUGCCGCCGCCCUUACGGGCUUCGUGGCCCCGGAGAAGAUCUCCCCGCCGCUGCUGAUGCCCCAGAGACUCCCUUCCCCGGUGCCAGCCCGUUCCCCCAUCGACUCCUCGGCCCUGCUUCAGGCUCUGAAGCAGAUUCCUCCUUUGAACUUGGAAACCAAAGACUGAGCGCAGAGUGACUUUUUUUUUUUUAAAAAAAAAAGUUUGGGACUGUUUCACUUUUAUAUAUUGGCUGGACUGAGGUGUGGGGAUCAGGGUCACUGCGCGUAGGAAGCUACAGCCCCCUUCCCCUGGCCUGGCGGGUAGCGUGCAGGAGGCUGGAGGAUGCGCCUAGCUUAGCUCUUCGGAAGCAUUUCCAAAAGGAAAAGCAAAAAAGAGAAAAGGGUUUUGUGCUUUACUCCUUCCCUCCUUCCAUCUCCGCACCUACGGAACGACGGUUGACUCGGUCAGCUCGGAUUAUAUUUCAAAGCUGUGAAAAAUACUCCAUUAGGCAGAUGUUUUUUAGGCUCUGAAUUCAGAAAUACGGUACUCCUGCAAAGGGCUGCCGAAGCGGCCGCUGGGGCUCGGUGCCGCCGCGUGGGCUUCCCGCGUCCCGGGAGCGGUUUAGCUUUUGGUGCUACUUCACCAAAAUUGUCAGGCGAGCGGAGAAGCAGGCACUGGUUGGCAAUGCACAGUUGGUGGUUCAAGUAGAUUUAAGACGGGUUUCUCUCCACACCUUUGCUCAUUAUAUAUAUAUAUAUAUAUAUAGAUAUUAUAUAUAUUUUUAUUAAAUAAAAUGUAGAUGCUGCUUGGAAGCUUUACACGGCGUACAUCUAAUAAAUAAAUUAACCUGCGCCCCUUCCUGUAACUUGAGCUGCUAGUUCGGGCCCGGGAGGGGAGAGGAGAAGAUGCCGCCCGGACCGCCGAGCUCCUUGCGCCUGGCUCCAGGCCCCUCGCCGCUGGGACUCGGAGGGCCGAGGAGUCGCUUCGGGGGCCCCGGCUCCCUGGCGGGGGCCGAGCCCAGCGCGCUGGGUAAGAGGGGCCGGUUCGGCCGGGGCCGGCAGCGCUGCGCCCCGUCGGUGCCUUCGGGCGCGCGGGGCCGAGCGUCCGGCCCCCCGGCCCGCGCUGCCGUUCAAACGAACGGGGUUAGCCAGGGUUUUGACGCUUGUCCUGUUGAAUCGAGGAGGCCUUUUCCCCGUGGAUAAACGUCACGGCCCACGGGGCUGACAAAGCCCCGAGGCGCCCUGCGGGGCUCCGAGAGCUCGUGCGCAUCCUCGUCUCGUUCUCCCCGUGCACCGCUGUCGAGAUGCACUAUGCUUGACUGCAGAUCGUGUUCUAAUGUUCAUUUUGUUGUUGGUUUUUGGUUUUUUUGGUAUACAGUUGUUGCCUUUAUUUGUAAAAUCCUGUUAUAAAUAUAUAUAUAUUAUAUAAAUAUAUUAAAAGGUAAAAUGUUUCAGAUGUCUAUUUGUAUAACUACUUGAGCAUAAAGAAGUGAGAAAUAUGAAUGUAUUCCUGUUUUGGGGGUUGUCUUUUUUUUUUUUUUUGGGAGAAUUUUUUUGUUUGUUUUUUUUCUCUAGGGAGAGGUACAGUGUUUAUAUUUUGGAGCCUUCUUCAAGGUGGGAUAUUGUACAUAAUUUCUACCCUGAGUCAAUGUUAAGUAGCUGUUAAAAGUACUUAAUAAAGUAAUUCUUUUCCUGUGGAA